GUGGUAUCGCAAUCAAUACGCAAGUGUUCCGACAUUUUGGCAAGGUCUCGUAAGAAGUUCAUAUUUUGUAAGAAUUAAGAAAUGUGUUGUCGCUUCAUCGAAACGUAUUUAUGACGAAUGCAAACUUCCACACAAUGGAAGACUAAAACCAUGCGGAUGGCGUUAGCGAUCGCGUUGGUGUUUGUCGCGGGGUCCUUCGUUGUAGCGACCGCGACUAAGGGUAGCAAAUACCCUCAUUUCUUUAAACACCGGACGAAGCUGAGAGAGAUCCGCGGCUUCAAACCGGAAUACAUCUCCACGGCGAUCGGAUUCGGGAAGAGAGACGGUCCCGCGGAAACUCCAUCAGAUGUUAAUGAACGCGAGAGAGACUUGUUGUCUAUUCUGAGGAGCCUCCCGCGUAUCGCGUCUGCGGAUGGGAUACUCCGGCUGAUGCAGACGAAUCCUGCACUGGCUGGCAAAUUGAUGCAGCUAUCAAUGCAAAACGAUCAGAGCGACCAAGGACAGUCGAUGACGGAACCCUCGAGGCCUGGGAGAACAUUCGAGCUAUUUUAAUUCUUGCGAUCGAACCGCAAACGACGAGUUUCAGAGGAGCGUCCAUCUUUAGGUUCUUAGACGAAACGUUCGAUAUAUAUCCUUAAAACACAUAAUACAUUCUUAUAUUUCGCAUUUUAUCGUGUAGACAUCUUUCUACCCUCAUAAUUUCUACGCGACGAAGUAUACGAAGAAAUAGCUAGUAAUAGAGUUUUUUCCUUCUUUCA